AUGCAGGGCGGGCCGUUCUGGCGCGUGCCGACGGGGCGGCGCGACGGCAGGGUGUCGAUCAAGCAGGAGGCGCUGGACCAGCUCCCGGCGCCCACCAUGAACUUCACCGACCUCCUCGCCUCCUUCCGCGCCAAGGGCCUCGGCGUCGCAGACCUCGUCUGGCUCUCAGGGGCGCACACCAUUGGCAUCUCGCACUGCAACUUCUUCAGUGAGCGGCUAUACAACUUCACCGGCCGCGGUGGGCCAGGCGACGCAGACCCAUCUCUGGACGCCGAGUAUGCGGCCAGCCUCCGCCGAACCAAUUGCACCACACCCACUGACAACACCACCAUCGUCGAGAUGGACCCCGGGAGCUUCAUCACCUUUGACCUCAGCUACUACCACGGCCUGCUCAAGCGCCAGGGACUCUUCCAGUCCGACGCCGCGCUCAUCACUGACCCCGCGGCAAGGGCAGACGUCGAGAGCGUGGCCAAGGGCCCGCCGGAGGUGUUCUUCCAGGUGUUCGCACGGUCCAUGAUGAGGAUGGGCAUGAUAGAAGUCAAGACCGGUGGCGAUGGGGAGAUCAGGCGGCACUGUGCAGUAGUCAACAACUAG